UUGACAAGUUGGUAACCUUGAUUGCACAUGCGUUUUUAACCUCAUUAUUUGAGUCUGAAAGUUCUAUUGACACGGUUUUAUUAAGAUAUUACAAGAUAUGGUGCGAAAAUUAAAAUAUCACGAGCAAAAAUUAUUAAAGAAAGUUGAUUUUAUUUCUUGGGAAGCAGAUAAUAAUUUACAUGAAGUCAAAGUUUUGAGACGCUUUAGAAUUCAAAAAAGAAGUGAUUAUACAAAAUAUAACAAAUUAUCACGUCAAAUUCGAGAAUUAGGAGAGAAAAUUAAAGAGCUUGAUGCCGACAAUCCAUUUCGCAUAGAACAAAGUGCAUUAUUAUUGGAAAAAUUAUAUAUGAUUGGUUUAAUAUCUACCAAAUGGGACUUAUCUCUUACGCAAAGAGUAUCUGCAAGUUCUUUUUGCAAAAGACGAUUACCAAUUGUUAUGGUUCGUAAUAAAAUGAGUGAAAAUUUAAAAAUGGCAACACAAUUAAUCGAACAAGGACAUGUCAGAGUAGGGACAGAAAUAGUAAAAGAUCCAGCAUUUUUAGUAACAAGAAAUCUUGAAGAUUUUGUAACAUGGGUUGAUACUUCUGCUAUUAAAAAGCAUGUAUUAGAGUAUAAUGAUGCCAGAGAUGACUUUGAUAUGGUGUAAUUAAGCAUGUAAGAUAAAUGUUUUUAUUCUUCAAGUUAUGUUUCCUAUUCAGAUGAAAUAAAUCUUUUAUAUAUACCUCAAUAAUAA